CAGAGAGAAACCCACUUCACUUAGAAGACAGGAAAAACAUGAAGUAUCAUACUACUGUUUAAUUUUAGAUUCAAAUUGUACGUAUUCAACUCAUAUUUAUUUUUUAUUCCAAUUGAAAGUUUUAUUUAAAAACAAGUCCAAUGAAGAUGAGGGGAAACCGCCAAGAGGAACUUCCAGACGACUUCUGGAUUCCCAUCCCCCUGGACUCCGACAACAUGACAGCCUUCAGCCCGUACCUAGUUCCCCAGGACCAUUUAGGAACCCUGGGGCUUUUUUAUUCAAUGUCAGCGUUAAUGUUCUUCUUGUUUUUGGGUGGCACGACUAUCAAUGUCCUCACAAUUGCAUGCACUAUUCAAUACAAGAAGCUCCGCUCUCAUCUGAACUACAUCCUGGUCAACAUGGCUGUGGCGAACCUCAUCGUCUCGUCCGUAGGCUCUUUUACCUGCUUCUACUGUUUUGCCUUCAGAUACAUGGUUCUUGGUCCACUGGGCUGCAAGAUUGAAGGAUUUACUGCAGGUCUUGGUGGCAUGGUGAGCCUUUGGUCUCUGGCUGUGAUUGCAUUCGAAAGAUGGCUGGUUAUCUGCAAGCCGCUUGGGAACUUUGCCUUCAAGUCAGAGCAUGCUUUGUUCUUCUGUGCACUUACUUGGUUCUUUGCUUUGUGCGCUUCAGUUCCUCCACUAGUGGGAUGGAGUAGGUAUAUCCCUGAGGGAAUGCAGUGUUCAUGUGGACCAGACUGGUACACAACAGGCACCAAGUUUAACACCGAAUCCUAUGUGCUGUUCCUCUUCUGCUUUUGCUUUUCUGUCCCUUUCACUUGCAUCGUCUUCUGCUACUCACAGCUGCUCUUCACAUUGAAAUCGGCAGCAAAGGCUCAGGCAGAGUCUGCCUCCACCCAGAAGGCAGAGAAGGAGGUGACUAGAAUGGUGGUGGUCAUGGUGCUGGGUUUCCUGGUGUGCUACAUGCCAUACGCCAGCUUCGCCCUUUGGAUCGUAAACAACCGUGGACAGACAUUUGACCUGAGACUUGCAACCAUACCGUCCGUUUUCUCAAAAGCAUCCACCGUCUACAAUCCUGUCAUCUAUGUUGUCCUCAAUAAGCAGUUUCGCUCAUGCAUGAGGAAGAUGUUGGGGAUGAGCGGGGGCGACGAGGAAGAAUCAUCUGCAAGUCAGUCGGUCACCGAAGUCUCAAAAGUUGGACCUUCUUAGGUUCACGGCCUGUCUUGAAUUGGAUGACAUAGAAAUGCACGACACUGAUGUGUUUUUACUGUUGUUAUAAAUUAGGGUUUUCAAAGAAAAAUGUAAAAAAAAAAGAAGAAAAAAGGUUCAACUGAUGAAGCUGUUAUUUUUCUGUGCAUUUUAUCAUGGACAUAUGGCAAAAACACACAUUUUUAGAAUUACAUUCUGAUGUGAAAAUAAGGAUUUCUUUUCUUCCAAAAAAUGACUGAGGUCUCUGAAAACCCAUAAACUACAAAAUAAAUGCAUGUAGCACAUCUGACACAUCUGUGAAUAAGUUGUUCUACAUGUCAUGACUUGUAAGUAUUUACUUGUAUAUAUGUAGCAACAGAGAAUUAAUAAAGAGAAGUCAACUUUAAAACUCA